AUGUUGCGUAACUCUUUCACUAAGGCUGGUAGUUUAUCACGCGUCACAUCCGUCAGAUUCGCCCAAACGCAUGCCCUUUCCAAUGCUGCUGUAAUGGAGCUGCAGUCCAGAUGGGAAAACAUGCCCUCCACUGAACAACAAGACAUCGUCACCAAGUUGACUGAACGUCAGAAAUUGCCAUGGGUUCAGCUUACCGAGCCAGAAAAGCAAGCCGUGUGGUACAUCUCCUACGGGGAGUGGGGACCAAGAAGACCUGUCUUGAAUAAGGGUGACUCAGGUUUCAUCGCUAAGGGUGUUGCUGCUGGUCUACUAUUGUCUGUGGGGCUUUUCGCUGCCAUCAGAAUGGCAGCUGGUGAAGACUCCAAGACUAUGACCAAGGAAUGGCAAAUGAAGAGUGACGAAUAUUUGAAAUCCAAGAAUGCUAAUCCUUGGGGUGGUUACUCUCAAGUCCAAUCUAAAUAA